CCACUUCGACGCUAACUAGGCGACGCUAAUUUGACGGACAUUAAGAAUCUUGUAUAAGUUUGUUUUGUUUGCACGUUUUAAAACAUGGAACGUAGAAAACUCUUUUUGCCGAAUAAGGUGAUGCAAUACGGCGAUUUCAUAAACCAAAUUCGCAAGACCCUUUAUUAUGGUGCUGGAACUGUGGAUUCAGAUAUGGAGGUGUCACUCCCUUUGGCGGAAUAUGCAGCUGAGAUUUUCUCAGAGCCACAUCGUGGACAUACGCUGCAUCGCCUGAACUGCGUGGCAGCGGGAAAAAUACAAGCCACCCCGUGCUCGUUAAUUAUGGCAUUAAUAUAUUUGGACCGCUUAAAUGUCAUAGAUCCGGGGUACUGUUGUAGAAUCACCCCUCAAGAACUGUUUGUUGUUUCACUGAUGAUUUCCACAAAGUUUUAUAUUGGCCACGAUGAGCGUUUUUAUCUAGAAGACUGGGCCAAAGCGGGCAGCAUGUCAGAAGACAGGCUUAAGCAAAUGGAACUCGAAUUCCUUUCGUCUAUUGACUGGAAUAUAUAUAUAUCCAAAGAAGAAUUCUUUAAGAAACUAAGUUAUAUUGAACGAGCAUUGGCCGAACGUGAAGGAUUGCGAAGAGGGUGGUUAACAUACAGCGAGCUGGUUCGACUAUUGCCAUGCUUUACAUUAACAAAGUUCUUUCUAAAUAGCAUUGGCGUUCUGACAUUAAGCUACGCCGCCAGCGUAAUAACCCUAGCUGGUGCUUUCUUUAUAGCUAGUCAAGUGCCUGGGACAUUGUGGCACCGCAAGAGUGCCGUAUUAACAAUGGAACCUUCAAUAAUAGCCGCAUCUGCAUCCACACCUAAUGCAACUCAACCUGGUCCUGUAAUUAUGGGUGAAAUUUCCCAAUCAUCUAAAAGCUGCACGGAUUUGAAUAUAGAAGUUAAUUUGCUAAAGUUAGAAGAAGGUGACAUUGCUGAGACAAGACUUAAUGAGAUCCAGUCUAUCCGACUCAUGGCCCAAUCCGAUCCUAAUUUUUCCCGACGAAGUAAUUAUGAUCAUAAUUGCCUUACCUUUAAAUCACAGUGUGCCGGAAAUCAAAAUAACUGGUUAGCCGAUCAUCAUAUUCGUUUAAAUGACUGCUGGAAUCAAUCAAAAAAUUCAUCUUUAUUUUGGCAAUUUCUCACUAAUGCAAUGAAACAUUCACUGUUCGUACCAUGGCCAGAUGUGUGGUCAAAGUUAAUCUAAUUUUUUUGUAGAAUAUAACACACUAAGCAAAAUAAUAUAUUUUUAUAAAAAAUGAAAAAAAUAACUACAAGACGUAUUUAUAUUUUCAUCAAAAUACAUAUUUUGAUUUCUUGCAUUAAAAGUUACAUAGUUGUAUAUUGAUCAUUGAUACGGAUUAAACUUUGUACAUAUUAUGAACAGAUUCAAUAGAAGAAAGUUUGUAAAAAAAAUAUUCUAGGCACUAAUAGUUGCAGUUUGAAAGAAUCGUAUAAUAAUAGUAUAUAUAUAUUUUUCUUAGAAGUCGUGUUAUAAAAAUUUAAACAAAAAUUGUUUGAUAUAAAUUUUUUUGGACCACUCACAGAUGGGUUUCAACAUUUUUUCAUAGUGUACAGUUUUAUUUUCUUUUAAAUCUUAAAAAUAGCUCUAUUUUGAAGAUUUUGACAGGAUAAUAGGAUUAAUUCGUAUGAAAAAGGCACAUUUUUGUAAUGUUUGCUUAAUAAAACUAUUGAAAUCUA